UCGCUGGACUCGAUUAAAUAUUCUCAGCGGCAUUUCGUCAAACAAGUCUCGAGCAAACUCACACCUUCCCUUGUAUCAACAACUCUGCUCAGCCUCGUCAAGACUCCAGAUUUAGCGCCCAAUUUCUGCUUAGCGAUUGCUGUUGUCUCUAAGCUCUCUUCUCCCAAACCAGCUCUUCACUUACUUAAAAAAAAAUCAAGUAGUGUUAGAGACAUUCUCGAUGAAUUGAUGAAUGCUCGUGGACGAUUAGAGUCUAAAAGUGUUCUCUCCUUUGCCGAUGAGAUUCUGAGCAUCAUAGAGACCUUUUCAACC